UUUUGUUCCUGCAAAGAGACUGACAGCUCACAGAUGCUCCUGAGAGUCCCUGCUGCAUCGUCCUGAAGACAGACUCUCACUGUGAUCUUCAAGAGAAGAUAAGGUGUAUUGUCUCUGCAGGAGGCCUAAUUUCUGAUGUAUUGAAGUACUCCCUAAGUUCAUGAGAUGGCCAUCACCACCCAGAUCUCCAAGGAUGAGCUGGAGGAGCUCAAGGAGGCCUUUGCCAAAGUCGACCUCAACAGCAAUGGCUUCAUCUGCGACUACGAGUUGCACGAGCUCUUCAAGGAAGCCAACCUGCCUCUCCCCGGGUACAAAGUGAGGGAGAUCAUCCAGAAGCUCAUGAUCGAUGGUGACAAGAAUAAAGAUGGGAAGAUUAGCUUUGAAGAGUUUGUCUAUAUUUUCCAAGAGGUGAAGAGCAGUGAUAUUGCUAAAACUUUCAGAAAAGCAAUUAACCGCAAGGAAGGCAUCUGUGCCAUUGGUGGCACGUCGGAGCUCUCCAGCGAAGGGACGCAGCACUCGUAUUCAGAGGAAGAAAAAUACGCCUUUGUAAAUUGGAUAAACAAAGCCCUGGAAAGCGAUCCCGACUGCAGACAUGUUAUUCCAAUGAACCCCAACACAGAUGACCUGUUCAAAGCCGUGGGAGAUGGGAUUGUGCUGUGCAAAAUGAUCAAUCUUUCUGUUCCGGACACGAUCGAUGAAAGAGCAAUUAACAAGAAGAAGCUCACGCCGUUCAUAAUUCAGGAGAACCUGAACCUGGCGCUGAAUUCGGCCUCGGCCAUCGGCUGCCAUGUGGUCAACAUCGGCGCCCGGGAUUUUGCUCAGUGAGAUGUUACUGCAGCUCUAGUCCUGUUUUGGAGGUUUGUGUCUUUUGAAAAUUCCUUCCUUGUGCUCAUGAGUGAUUUUUUUCUUCUAGCACUGGCUGCCUUACUUCGUGACGGUGAAAACCUGGAGGACCUUAUGAAACUGUCCCCAGAAGAGCUGCUCCUAAGAUGGGCAAACUUCCACUUGGAAAACGCAGGCUGGCACAAAAUCAAUAACUUCAGUUCAGAUAUCAAGGACUCUAGAGCUUAUUUCCACCUUCUCAAUCAAAUUGCACCCAAGGGGCAGAAAGAAGGAGAGCCUCAGAUUGACAUUAACAUGUCGGGUUUCAAUGAGAAGGACGACCUGCGGAGAGCGGAGUACAUGCUGCAGCAGGCCGACCGCCUGGGCUGCCGGCAGUUUGUCACGCCUGCCGACGUGGUCAGCGGCAACCCCAAGCUCAACCUGGCCUUCGUGGCCAACCUCUUCAACAAGUACCCGGCGCUGACCAAGCCCGAAAACCAGGACAUCGACUGGACUCUGCUGGAAGGAGAGACACGGGAAGAACGAACCUUCCGCAACUGGAUGAACUCCCUUGGUGUGAACCCGCACGUAAAUCACCUCUAUGGUGAUCUGCAAGAUGCGCUCGUAAUACUGCAAUUAUACGAAAAGAUUAAAGUUCCCGUUGACUGGAAUAAGGUUAACAAGCCUCCAUACCCUAAGCUUGGUGCAAAUAUGAAAAAGCUAGAAAACUGCAACUAUGCUGUAGAUUUGGGGAGGCAUCCAGCUAAAUUCUCCCUGGUUGGCAUUGGAGGACAGGAUCUGAAUGAUGGAAACCCGACGUUGACGCUAGCCUUAGUCUGGCAGUUGAUGAGAAGGUACACACUGAAUGUGCUUGAGGACCUCGGCGAUGGUCAAAAAGCAAAUGAUGACAUUAUAGUCAACUGGGUAAACAGGACCCUGAAAGAAGCUGGCAAGUCCACCUCCAUCCAGAACUUCAAGGACAAGACUAUCAGCACGAGCUUGGCAGUUGUGGAUUUAAUUGAUGCUAUACAGCCUGGUUGUAUCAACUAUGACCUUGUAAAGACUGGUCAUCUAUCAGAAGAUGACAAACAAAAUAAUGCUAAGUAUGCUGUGUCCAUGGCGAGAAGAAUUGGUGCCAGAGUUUAUGCCCUUCCAGAAGAUCUCGUGGAGGUGAAACCGAAGAUGGUCAUGACCGUGUUUGCCUGCUUGAUGGGCAGAGGAAUGAAGCGAGUAUAAAGGGGCUGAUACAUGUAAAAAUAAAAUUUUUUAAAAAAAGCAACAAAAAAACCCAACCUGCCACCCUGGGUGCAUGAGUAGCAGAUCAGCUGUGUCCACGUUGAAAUGCUGUUGGCCUAGGAACUGCUGAAGUUUAAAGGACUUUGUUUUGCUUUGCAAGACAAACUCUUAUCAAAUUCUCAGGGAGAGGAGUUUUAACCAACAGACACGCUCUUUUCCCAAAGGAAAGUUUAACUUAUCAAGAGCUCACAGAAAUGCAUUCAUAACAGACCAGCAUCUUGCAGUACUGCUCUGGAGCUGUUUUCACCUUGUUAUUUCUCAGAUGCUUGGUGCGUGGGUGUUUUUUUUUGGUUUGUUUCUUUUUUUUCCCCCUGAAGGGGCUUUAAGGUGGUUGGUAUGAGUUGUAAUGGAAACAUCUUAUUUCUGUCUGCAAUCCAGUUUAAUUUGUAUUAUAUGGCUCAAGCAUAGUCUAGGUUUGACUACUUCCUUACUUUUGCAAGCAAAGCUACAGUAGCAGUUGGGACCUGCAGGCCAGCUCAUGAUGUUAAAUGAGAAGCGUGUAUAAAUUUGAAGAUGGAUCUUCUUACGGUAUUCUCUGUACAUGGUGCUUUUUUUAUAAACCUAACUAUUUUGAUUACAGAUAAAGCAUGGCAGUUUUUUUCUCUUACUGCUUAUAUAAAAUAUUUUUUUUAAGUUAGACUAUAUACAAGAAUACCACCAUCCUUGGACCUCUCGCGGUAACUCGUGGUGUCACGUUGCUGAUGGCACAGUUGCACCUGGGAAUGGAAGUGAAUGCAUUUUUGUAUGCAUCUUGGUUCAGUUGUGUGCACCUAGAAAAUAAUUUUUACAAAAAUCUGCAUGAAAACUAUAACUUUUUUAUUUAAAAUACUGCUGGAUAAAAAACCAUAAUCCAUUGUGGGGAGGUUUAGUGUGGGGAAGAGACAAAUGUUGUAAACAGCAGGGUUCAAUAAACUGAACAGCAAAUGUGGUGGAA